ACUCCAUUCGUCCGGAAGCGAAUCAGCUGUGUGUCGGUCACCAGAGUUUACACGUUAUUAAAAGUCAUUUAAAGGAGUAUUUUUUGUACAUAUUAUGUCCUCAAACAACAUGGCAGAUCCGAGGAGACAAAAUAAGAUACUGAGGUACAAGCCCCCCAGUACAGAGACCAACCCCACCCUGGAGGAUCCCACACCAGACUACAUGAACCUGCUUGGAAUGAUCUUCAGCAUGUGUGGGCUGAUGCUCAAGUUGAAGUGGUGUGCCUGGAUCGCCGUCUACUGCUCUUUCAUCAGCUUUGCCAACUCCAGAAGUUCAGAGGACACCAAACAGAUGAUGAGCAGCUUUAUGUUGUCCAUCUCUGCCGUCGUCAUGUCCUACCUCCAGAACCCACAGCCCAUGUCACCGCCGUGGUAACCAGGGACCGACAACAGAGACCACGAGACGCCAGACGUGGACUGUGGACGGCGAGACGGCGGAUGGGCCCCCAUGGCCAUCAGAGACAGAACAGAAGAUAACAGGACCAACUCCAGGACCAGGAGAGGUGGAUCUAACGUCACUGUCAGACUCUGUUUACUCUCUGUCGUCUUGUUUCACCCUUUUUCUAUUUCAUCGGUGAAUGACCCUUUCCACUUUCGGGCCACUGCACAGUGUUCUGAAUAAACACGUACGGUUUCUGGUGGAACUACUCACUGUUCUUCAUUUAUAUGUAUUUAUGACAAAUAAACGUAAAUUUACCAGCUGAUAAUUUGUAGAUACUCCACUUACGUAUAUCAAGGACACAAGGAAUUGGACUCCAGUUUAUCCGUAGAUCUCAUGCAUUAUAGAGUACAAAAGUACAA